UAAAAGCAAACGAAAACUUAUUGCUUGAAAUCAAAAUAAUCUCUUCAGCUCGAAUUUUCUGUGCAAUCAUGGGUUCCAUUGGAAUCAUCUUUUACACAAAAAGUGAAGCAAAAUUAAAAUGACCUGUUUCCCUUACUCUUACUAGUCUUUGAUUUCAGGUAAAAUAAAAAAUCACGUUAAUCUCUGUAUUUUAUGACUUUUAUUGUGGUUCUUGAGAAGAAGAUAAAAAUGUGAAAAGUUUACAAUGACGACGACAACGACGACAUCGACAGACAACAAACAAAUUGUGAUCAGAAAAGCUCACUUGAGCCUUUGGCUCAGGCAAGCUAAUAAAAACCAGGAAUUCAAACUACAAUGUAAUUCAUUAGUUAGUAUGGAACUUGAAAUUGCUUUAAACAAAGCUAAGAGUGCACAAUUUUCCGGAGAGGAUGCCUAAAUUUACUCAAUCACCCAUGCUUAGUAUUUUGUUUUGAUGCACUUGGAGACCGAAGCUGUUUUCUGAUGCAUUUGAAGACCGAAGCUGUGUUUUGAUGCAUUUGAAGACCGAAGCUGUGUUUUGAUACAUUAGAAGACCGAAGCUGUGUUUUGGUGCAUUAGAAGACUGGAACUGUGACUGCUUACAGUACACAAUGCUACAGACAAUGACACUGAAAGGAAAACUGAGGAUAUUUGCGAUACUACCUUUUGCAGGAGUCGUUUUAAUGACAGCAUCCUUUGUAAGUCCAGGAUGGGUCAAUUUUAAUGUAAAUUUCAUUGAAUACCGAUUUCUGCCAAUCCCCCCAUACGAAGGCCCAUACGAAGGCUACAGAUCGGCUAAUAGCGCACAUUUGACGGGAGGUUUGUGGUAUUACACCGUAUGUGUCAGAGAUUUCAUACCCAACAGCGACGGGUUCUAUGAUAUCUUCCCGAAGACCGGGACAAGAUGUCACACAGGCUUAAACUCUUAUGACUUUGAAGAGCGGUUAUACCAUGGUCAAAAAGGACACUUGAUGCCAGGAGUCCAAAUCAUGUGUUCGAUUGCUAUGUUUUGUGCAAUAAAUGGCUUCAUUGGGACUAUUGUCUACACAAGAAGAGAAGUAAAAUACAGAUGGACUGGACUAACGGCUUUCAUAAAUCUAUCCAUUGCAGGUGGAACCUAUCUUGCAGCGAUAGUGAAUACAGCUACAGCAACCCCAAAUUCUCCAGAAGUGUACUACAUGGACACAAAGAUUUAUAAUGUCCAAUAUUAUUGUGCAUGGGGUCUCUUUUUGGGAGGAUUUGGGUGUGUCUUAGUUCUUGUCUCCGCUCUUGGGCACCUGUAUAUUCUGUUCAGAAACUUACAUGCAACAAAAAAUGACGUAAACGAUUACCAGACGUUCAAAGUAGCAAACCAAGGAACCAUAUUACAAUUCCCCUACACAAGCAUGGUACCACCAAGAUGCAACAAAACGUUUGCGUUCAAUGCACCUUUUUUCAACAGUCUUCAAGAUGCAGCUACAAGUCCAAAAGAAAAAAAAAUGACCAAGUAGUAUUUUGGUCAUGUUUUGUUGAAGAAGAGAUUUGAACGGUCAUAUAAUCUCUCAAUUGCUAUGUUAAAAUAGAUUUUAAAUGUAAAUACAUUUGCCUGCUUUGUCAUGUAUAUGUAUCAGUCACUUUAUCCUUUUGCAGCUUGCGUUUUGUUACAAACAUUGUAUGACAUUAUGGUUAUGUAAGAAAUUAAUAAUAAACUUGAGUCCAAAGGUAAAAUACAUGUAUCUUAAUUGACAUGAAAGGAGUGUAAAACAGAAUCUUAAAAGGGAGAGAGGCGCCCAAUCGAUUAAUAAU